CAGCCUCGCCAGCGCUUCUGGUCAGGGUCGGGAGCGCACUGGCCAAGGCUCAGACUCCUUUCUCAGGCAACACGUCACGAGUGUCCUGUUUUCCAGACGAUGGAACGCUACCAGGGACGGGUGGCGGUGGUCACCGGCGUCAGCUCCGGCAUCGGCGAGGGCCUGGUCAGGGCUCUGGUAGCCGCCGGCAUCCGGGUGGCCGGCUGCGCCAGAAACGCUGACAAACUCCAGACGCUGAAGGAAUCGCUCGGCUCUAAUUCAGAGCACUUCCUGCCGGUGACCUGUGACCUCACCGAGGAGCAGCAGGUGCGCAAUUUCUUCGAGCGCGUGCUGGCUGAAUGGGGUGCUGUCGAUAUUCUGAUCAACAACGCUGGCCUCGCCUUUAAUUCGUCUCUGCUGGAUGGCACCGUGGAGGAGUGGAGGACUAUGCUCGAUACAAAUAUCGUUGCACUUUGCUUAUGUACGCAGCUGACAGUUGAGAGCAUGAAGGAAUCAAACAUAUCAGAUGGCUACAUCAUUCAUAUCAACAGCGAAUCCGGCCAUAUGCACCCGGUGCCGUCAAAGUUUCAUUUUUACUCUGCUACUAAGCAUGCCGUGAGAGCUCUCACAGAGACGAUGCGGCUUGAACUGGCAAAAACUCUCCCAGGAUGCCGCAUCAGCUCGGUGAGUCCCGGCCUGGUGGAGACCCAGUUCUUGGCCAAAAUGGCCGGCCGACCCGCCGAGCAGCUGAAGGUCUUCUCCAGAAUGAAGGCGCUGGAGGUAGAAGAUGUCGUCCAGACAGUCCUCCAUCUGUUGCGGACGCCUGCCCACGUUCAGGUUCACGACGUACUAAUGAGGCCGGCUGGUCAGACGUCGUGAUGGGUCAGGCGUUAAGUUAGGCUGCUGAAACAGACUUCAAUGCUGCACUGGUCCUCUUAGUUACAAAGUCUCGCGUCAGGCAACAGAGCUGAUUUGACGGCAGGUAAACCCAUGAAAUUCAGCAUCUGGGAUAUUUGAAGAAGCGAUCGAAGCAUUAAACGAUAUUAAUGACGGAUAUAAAAAGACUGACACUGCAAAAUAAUCCUAAUAGUGGUAAGGAGGCACGCAACCCAUUGUUGACUUGUCCUAGGUAAGAACUUAGGUACUUGCCUUGUACAUGCCUUGUACAUUAAACCAUGGAUGAGAGAUGUGAACCACAGUAUUUCUCAACCACGAUUAAAGGAUGAAAAACAUUUUUAGGCAAUUAGGUGAGGGAAAGAGGAAGAUUAAAAACUGAUAAACGUGAGCGAAGCUAUAAACACAAUUAAAGGACUAGCGAAGAAACCGGAAAUAUAUUAUCGCCAAGGCCUGAA